CGAAGUUCCCAAAACGCCCUCAGAUCCGCUUACACAUUCUGGGCAGAGACGAGGAGGAGAGCCGACACCCGCAGCCACGAAAAAACGCGAGGCAACAACCGAGAGAUCGAGUCGCUGAGUGGAUUCUGGCGCGGGCGAAAAUCAGGGUGUGAUUCGGUGAUCGAGGUGGGCAAUGGGGGUGCCGGAGGCGGUGGCGCUGGAAAUACCGGCGGCGGAGGAGGGGUCGCCGCCGCCGGCCAGGGUGCCGCCGCGGAUCAGAAGGAGGCUCCUCCAAGGGGCGCGGGGAGGCGGCGACAAGGCGCCGACGGCGGAGGAGAUCGAGGCCAAGCUCCGUGGGGCGCGUCUGCGGAGGCAGCAAUUCCACGAAGCAUUGUCCUCCAAAGGAAGGGGUUCGCUUAGGAGGAGCCCUUCUGUGUCAUCUCAGGAGGAGGAUCCGGGGCAGCGCCUUGAAGCGAAGCUUGUGGCUGCCAAGCAGAAGAGGUUGAGCCUCUUGGCAAAGGAACAGAGUCGGUUGGCUAAGUUGGACGAGCUGCGGCAGGCUGCUAAAAGUGAUGCAGAGAUGAGGUCCGAGAAGGAAAGGGAGGAACUUGGGGUGAGAGUUGAGUUGCGGGUUCGACAGGCUGAGGAGAACCGUACGCAACUCCUGCAUGCUCGUUUACAGAGACGGGCUGCACUGGAGGAAAGGACAAAAAAGUUCUUUGUGCAAAGACUGACAUGGGAGAGCAAGUACAGAGAGCAUGUACGAUCUGCAAUCCUGCAGAAGCGCAUUGCUGCUGAGAAGAGACGGCUGGGACUGCUGGAAUCGGAGAAAAGACGGGCGCAGGGUAGGCUCUUGCAGGUCCAACUUGCUGCCAGGACUGCCUCUAGUCAGAGAGAAAACGAGAGGAGCAAGUUAAAAGAACAACUAGAUGAUAAACUUCAGAGGGCAAAGCAGCAGAGGGCAGAGUAUUUGAAGCAGCGAGGAAGUCCACACAGCUCUAUGCGCAGCAGUUCAAUUAAAAACGGAGAAUUUCUUUCAAGAAAACUGGCAAGAUGCUGGAGAAGAUUCAUAACUUCUAGGAAAACAACAGUGGUGUUGGCUGGGGCCUUUGAUGAACUGGGGAUUAAUCAGCGAUCAGUUGUGUCUAUGCCAUUUGAAGAAUUAGCUCUCUGCAUUGAAUCUCGUAAGGUUCUUCAGACCACUAAGGCAUUGCUUGACCGGCUGGAGAGUCGUUUUGUUCUCUCUCAGUCAUCUAGUUCAUCAAAACCAGAAAAUAUUGAUCAUCUUCUCAAGCACCUGGGAUCACCAAAGAAUACGAUCCUACCAAGUAGUGCAAGAAGAACUAAAGCAACACUGAGAUGGGAAGUUAGAAAUUCUGACUCUAGCAAGUCUUCUAGAUAUUCGCUAAGGACUGUGCUUUGUGCUUACAUGAUACUAGGCCAUCCAAAAUCUGUUCUUAGUGAACAAGGUGAGCGAGAGAAUCUGCUUAUGGAGUCAGCAGCAAACUUUGUAAAGGAAUUUGAACUGCUGGUUAAAACAAUAAUUGAUGGGCUAGGUGGUGCGUGCAUAUUGAGGCAGUCAAUGCUAGAUGUUGCCUCUCCUGGAUCUUCUAAUUAUCAGAAGUCCUCUUCCAUUGUUGCUGAUCGGAAGAAAUUCAGAACUCAGUUGGUUGCCUUUGACAAAGCCUGGUGUGCUUAUCUUUACCAUUUUGUGGCGUGGAAAGCAAAAGAUGCUAGGUCACUAGAGGAAGAUCUUAUUAGAGCUGCAUGUAAGCUUGAGCUGUCAAUGAUGCAAACAUGCAAAAUAACUACUGAAGGCCAACCAGAUAACCUCGGCGGUUAUUUGAAUGCCAUCCAGAAACAGGUUGUGGAAGAUCAGAAACUUAUAAGGGAGAGGAUUCGACACCUGGGUGGUGAAGCUGGUAUUGAAAGGAUGGAGUCUGCUUUAUCAGAAACAAGGUCAAAGUUCAUUGAAGCAAAGGAUAAUGGGAGUCCCGUUGCAACUACAGUUUCAAAUGUAGCAUCUCCUUCAGUUACAUGUUCUUCUGGAGAGUCUAUUCUUUCUGAAAUUAGGGAGAACUCUAACAUGGAUGCUGAAAAGACGAGUCAGAUUAUAAAAUCCAUGUUCGGAGCUUCCUCUUCACCUUCUGAAAGUAGCAAUGGAAGCAAAACUGUGAGUAGCACACCGAGCAGUGCAGUGCCAGAGAAAAUGCCGACUGAAAAUGAACAAAUGGUCAAUGAGAUACUUCACGAUAUUCAUGUUUCUUUUGCUGGCAACUCUGAUAAUAUUGGUACUGUUGAAGGUGAUUUCAAGACAAAACUGAAGGAAACAAUGGAGAAAGCUUUCUGGGACAUGGUUGCGGAUUCAACAAGAGGAGACAUGCCAGACUACAGUUAUCUGGUCAGCCUGGUAAAGGAAGUCAGGGAAACAUUGCACGAGUUGGCUCCUAUAGGGUGGAAAGAAGAAAUAAGUAACAAUAUUAACCUUGAAAUUUUGACCCAGGUACUUGAGUCAGGCACCCAAGACAGACAGUAUCUUGGACAAAUUUUGCAGUAUUCUCUGGGUAUGCUUCAAAAACUAUCUUCUCCUGCAAAGGAAGAGGAGAUGAAGAAGAGUCAUGACAAAUUGUUGGGAGAAUUGAUCGAAGACCCUGAAUCUAAUUAUAGAGGUCCCAGUUCAUUUGUUGUUUCUGUCAUCAAGGGCUUACGUUUCACUAUGACAGAAUUAAAGGCUCUGAAGGCAGAAGUCAGUAGAGCACGCAUCCAACUAUUGGAACCAAUCAUAAAGGGAUCAGGUGGAGUGGAGUACCUGCAGAAGUCUUUUGCUGAUCGCUAUGGUUCCCCUUCUGAUGCAUUAGCUUCUCUCCCUUCAACUUCCCGGUGGAUUUCCUCCUUGAAAGAUAUUGUGGAGGAAGAGUGGAAGGAAUAUGUCAACUCGUUUUCGAUUCUGCCAGCAGCAAACCAUGUUCAGCCACUUGUUGCCACCCUACGAACUGGGCGUGGAGUUCCAGAUCAGCUACAAUCUGCAUUACCUGCAGCAGACAGUACAGGGCUACCAGAAUGCACGGGAGAAAGACUUGACAGACUAGUAAGGAUUGGGUUAUUACAGCUCGUCAGCGGCAUGGAGGGUAUGCAAAGGCAGUCAGUACCUGAGACCUUUAAGCUCAAUUGGUUCAGGUUGCGGUCUGUUCAGAGUAAAUUCCAACAAGUCAUUGUAAUUGCAACGAGCAUGCUUGUCUUGCAUCAGGUUUUGGUGAGUGAGAACCCAAAGAUCGCUACUUCAGAACUGGAAAAUGCAACCAUGGAUCUGUUCGACACACUGACAAAGCUACUAGACAACUUCUCAGAUGUUGGCACCGAAAAAAUCAUUGAGGUGAUGAUGCAUUCAUCAACCUCAACCAGCUCUUCAUCAGAUGAAACGAGCGAGACCCGGAAGCAGGUAUUGACCAGGGUCUUCCUUAAAAGCCUCCAGACCAAUGACACCGUCUUCAAGAAGGUCUCUCAGUCUGUUUACUGUGCGUUCCGCGCAAUCACCCUGGGUGGCAGUGGGGCAAAGGGACAGAAGCUCGCCGAUGCAGCCCUAAAGCGCAUCAGGGCUGCAAAACUCACUGACCGGGUCUUGAAAGCAGCUGAAGUGCUCAUCAAAGCUGCAAUGAUAUCGGAGCAGGUCCAUGGCCCUUGGUAUACGCAGUUGCUGAGUGUUCCUUCUAAUGUGGAUAUGUAGUGAGUUUCAUGCCCCCAUCGAGAUGUGGUGGAACCGCCAUUGUACAGCAGUCUACAAGUGUUUGUGAGUCAGACGAGGCCUUGAGUAUUUCAUCUUCUUGGAGGAGCGUGAAUCGGGUCGCCACUGGUCCAGACCAGAAUACAGUCGCAGUUCGCUAUUGCUAAAGAAUCAGGGAGAUGGAUGUUUGUGUGAAAAAUAAUAUGUUCAUCGCGUAGGAACUGAACAAUUUUUUGGUGCUGUGCGCGUGCCGUAAUGUUCAUAUGCCUGAUGUAUGCCUUGUAUAUACACGAAACUUAUACACAUCGAAAUGCUUUUCAUGUAUCAUGUAUACGUCUUCCGUCAGCGUGUACUACAAACU